UGCACUCUAGCAGACAGAUUUUGAAAAACUUUUUCUAUAGAGGAAGAUGAAGCAAUUAAAGGUGGAAGGCCUUGGAUUUCAAAUAUAGAGUUCUUCACAUGCCUUAUUGAUGAUCAAAUUGCAUAUGAAGCUAUUAUUUCUGAUUAAAACUCUGAAGUAUCUUAAUCAGUAGUUCUUUCUAUGUUGUCAGAAGGUCACUUGAUUGCUAACUCACGAAGAAAGGCCAAGAUGACAUUCAGUUCAUACAAGUAUAAAAGAAGCAGCGUUGGUAUUAAGCUGGUAACUGUUGGUUCCAGCAAGGUGGUUCCUGAAAGUUUAUUAGGCUUAACCAAUUCAGAGCAGCAAAAUGUUAUUGGCAAGCCUGGCAUUUCAUCAAACUAUUCGAACUUGGAAUCUACUUGUGCUGAUACUACAAGAAAUGAUAUAUGCCUUCCUGACUUGGUUUCUCCUCAUCCUAUUGGCGAGAUGCAUUCUGCAGCUGUUAAGCUACAGAAAGUGUACAAGAGUUACAGGAUUAGAAGAAAUUUGGCAGACUGUGCUGUUGUUGUUGAGGAAUUGUGGUGGAAGGCCUUGGAUUUUGCAUCUCUUAAGCACAGCUCGAUAUCAUUCUUCCAUGAUAACAAGACAGAAACGGCGGUUUCACGGUGGGCGAGAGCACGAACGAGAGCUGCGAAGGUUGGUAAGGGGCUGUCAAAAAGUGAUAAGGCUCAAAAACUAGCAUUGCAGCACUGGCUUGAAGCUAUUGAUCCACGUCAUAGAUAUGGGCAUAAUUUGCAUCUCUACUAUGAUGUUUGGUUUGAAAGUGAGAGCACACAGCCAUUUUUCUACUGGCUCGACGUAGGAGAUGGUAAACAAGUAAAUCUUGAAAAAUGCCCAAGAAGCACUCUUCAGCAGCAGUGCAUAAAAUAUCUAGGACUGAGAGAGAGGGAGGCAUAUGAAGUGAUCAUCAAUGAUGGCAAACUUGUCUAUAAACAAACCAAAUCACCUGUGCACACUUCUGAUGGAGCUAAGUGGAUAUUUGUUCUGAGCACGAACAAAGCUUUAUAUGUGGGUCAGAAGAAAAAGGGUAAAUUUCAGCACUCAAGCUUUCUAUCUGGGGGAGCGAUAACAGCUGCUGGAACUCUAGUUGUGGAGGAUGGGUUUCUAAAGGCAAUCAGGCCAUACAGUGGCCAUUACCUCCCAACAGAAGAAAAUUUCAAGGAGUUCAUCAACUACCUAGAGUGUAAUAAUGCUGAUCUCACCAAUGUUAAGAGAUAUUCAAUAGAUGAUGAUGAAUGUCCUUCAUCGUUUAAGAAAUCAAAGAGCGUGGCGGCGGCGUUGGAAGGGAAUCUUGAAGAAAAUUCAGUAAAAAAAGAUCAAAUUUUACCUGCUCGUGAACUGAUCGAUGCCGAGGAUGUUGAAGAGGAUGUAACUGAGACCCAGAAGGCUGAAUUUGACAUAGAAAACAAUGUUGGAAAACAUCCAUUGAUUGAAUUCAUUAAGCCUGUUUCUCAGAAAUGGACCACUGGGCUCGGCCCUCGCAUCGGCUGUGUUCGGGACUAUCCUUCUGAUCUCCAAUGCAAGGCACUAGAGAAAGUUAACCUUUCACCCAAGGUCUCUAUUCCUCCUAGUUGGAGUAAGGAUCCAAUUCCCUCUCCCAGGCCAAGUCCUAAUGUGAGAGUUUCUCCAAAGCUGGCUUUUAUGGGAGUUCCAAGUCCUAAAACUGCAAUUCGCACUUGCAAAACCAGAGAAGAGAGAAUCUGAAUGCAUUUAAAUGCUGAAGCAACACAAGGAAGCAAUAUGGAUGAGGAUCAUUUUGCUUCCAUCUUGACAUUAGAAGCUUUGUUUUUAAUAAUUUAGAUAUGUACAUUGAGAUAGGCCUAAUUCAUUCUUCCAUUUCUAAUCCUCCUUGCUGUUUUUAUCCAAGAAGGACAAUAAUAUGUAGUUAUUGUAUUGAUUUUAUAGAUAGAGAGGAUUUCUCUGCUGUGAAUAAGAUAGAC